AUGGCUCGUGACAUAGUUAAAGCGGCCAAGUCAGCAUCAAAUGUGAUCGCUGUUCACAAGAAAUAUACUGUUCAAUCGACUGGUGUAUGGGAGCGUAUCCGUCGCCUUCUGUCCAUCGAUCCUAAUCGCUCUACUGGCGUUCCAUUGAACUCCCAAUUCCGCCUGCCGGCUCCAGGAUCUCUUCCACCUUUGUCCUAUGAUGACCCGAUAACGGUUCCCGCGGGUGACAUCGCCGAUAACCCUUACUGGAAGCGCGAUGUUCGGAGAAAUUACCCUAGACUCAGUACUGUCAAUCAGGCCGACGUUGUUGGUCUCCUUAGCGUAGGCAGUCAGGCAGCACCAAAGGAGGUUUUGAAGCUUGGUGAAGCGGGUGAACGACAGUUGGUAUCGGUCAAGCAACAGGCAGAGGAGCGCGGCCUUGCCGGCCUUUUCGAGAAAGACAAGGAAGGGGCUAGAGGUGUCUUGAAUGCAAAUGGUUUGCCGCCCUUGCCUUGCAGCUUGAAUUCUUCGGCGUCCAAGUACCAGCUGGAUCAUCAACAUGGCUAUCCUGGCGUAUAUCCCUGCCGCACUUUCGUUUGA